CCCCCUCCCCCUCUCUUCCUUCCUUCCCUUGCACCCCAAUUCAGGGGUAAGCCGAAACAGUAAAUUUGCACUCUCGUUUUGCACCCCCUACUGUUUUAAAUUAACCAAACAUAUGCAAAUGUGUUGAAAACUGUGUUUACCGCUCACAUUUGCACCCUCCUCCCAUUUACCUCUCUUCCCAAAUUCUUGUAGAUAAACGCAUUUGGAAUGCUAAUAUUUACCUCUCUUCCCAAAUUCUUGUAGAUAAACGCAUUUGGAAUGCUAAUCCACAGAUUGGCCACUACAAAGAAUAAUCAAAUUUAUCAAAAUUAUCCCUGCCGCUUAAUACAACACUAGAAUGGCGGUUAUGUCUUUUCCGUCUCUGUCACACGCACCCACCGAGACCCUACACACCAAAAUAACAACCCACAAGGAUAAAAGCGACAUUUCCACGUCUCCAUCCACACGCUCUUUCCUAACAAGUGCCUCCCACCUUCUCUCCCCCCAAGUCUAAUAGACGACAGUAACCCACGCGCCCGUCGACACGAGCCUUAUCCCUCAUUCAUUUCCAGCCAAAAGAAAAAGAAAAAUAAUUAAACGCUAAAACGCCAAAAACCCAAAAAAAAUUGCCCGAUCGAAGAAGGAACCAAACCAACCCUUGAAAAUCAAUUGACUGAAGAACAGAAAUUCUCUCCUCCUUCCAUCACUUCUCCGAUCACCGAUUCUUCACUUCCGUUUCCUUCCUCCUCGCAAUGGUCCUCUCCCCGUCUCCGCCGCCGUCGAGGGGCGGGGAACAGUCAGAGCCGCCAGCGCCGCCGCCGCCGUUUCAGGACGAACUCCGCCACCCAAUCAUACUGGCGGAGCGGGUCCUCGCGGCGGCGGACGAGGCCGAUUCCUUCAAGUCCGAGUGCGCCGCCGUCGCGAAGCAGGCCGAUUACAUCGCGGACAAGCUCCGCUCGCUGGUCCGCUUCGCCACCACGCCCGGACAGGCGGUGUACGAGCGGCCCGUGCGGCGGAUUUCCGCCGAGGCCGCGAGGAAUCUUGACCGGGCGCUGGCCCUGGUCCGGCGGUGCAGGCGGAGGAACAUCUUCCGCCGCGUGGUGGCGAUGAUCUCUGCCGCCGACUUCCGGAAGGCGCUGGUCCAUCUGGAAGCUUCCGCCGGAGACGUGUCGUGGCUGUGGAGCAUGCUGGAGUCGAAUGGCAACGCCAUGGCGCUGCCCCCAAUCGCCAGCAAUGACCCGAUUGUUGCUUGGGUGUGGGUUGGGAUCACUUCGAUUUACAUGGCGCCCAUGGCCGAGAAAAUCGAGGCGGCGAAUCAAUUGGCCUCUCUUGCGAAGGACAACGACAGGAACAAGCAGAUUAUAGUGGAGGAAGGUGGCGUGCCACCGUUCUUGAAGCUAAUUAAAGAGAAAGAUUCCCCCGAGGCACAAAUCGCCGCGGCGGCGGCGCUGCUCUACUUGUGCAACGAGGGGGACAGAGUCAGGGCGAUUUCCGAAGAAUCUGCCGCCGGAGUCCAGACAAUUGUGAAGGUACUCGCCGAUUCUCCGAUGAGGGUUCAGAUUUGGGUGGCGAGAUUGGUGGCGGUGAUGGCGGAGAACGAUCCCGGCGCUCAGGACAACUUCGCCAGAGAGAACGCAAUUCGCCCUUUGGUCACUCUGCUGUCAUUCGAGACCUUCUCCGACGACCAAUUCGGUGGUCAAAUUGGCAAGCAAUCGAUUCAUUCUCUAGUCCAGAUGAACAAGGAAAUGGAGAAAGUAGGGGAGGUGAAGAUGAGAAGCAAUAAUAACAAUAAUAAGGAGAAGGAUAGGGAUAGUCUGCAGUAUCGGCCAUUUGUGAUGAGUUCAUUUUCGAGCUUCCAUUCCGAUGCUGGUGGAGGAAGCAAAGGGGGAGGGACCAGGAAAGAGAGGGAGAACGAGAGCCGGGAGGUGAAGCAGAAGCUGAAGACGAGCUGUGCCGAAGCUCUGUGGAUGCUGGCGAAAGGGAGUGUGUCGAACAGCAAGCGAAUCACGGAGACGAAAGGGCUGCUCUGCCUGGCCAGAUUGGUGGAGAUUGGAGAGCCCGAGCUGCAGUUCAACUGCCUUAUGACGAUUAAGGAGAUCACAUUUGCCGCGGAGUCGAAUGCUGAUCUCCGUCGUGGUGCAUUCAAGACGAAUUCGCCAGCAGCGAAAUCCGUAGUCGACCAGUUGUUGAGAGUGAUCAAAGGAUCCAGCAGCCCCAAGCUGCUGGUGGCUGCCCUCCAGUCGAUCGGGUCGUUGGCUCGGACGUUCCCAGCGAGGGAGACUCGCGUGAUCGGUCCCCUCGUCAACCAUCUGAACAACAGGAGCCAGGAAGUGGCCGCGGAGGCUGCCAUCGCGCUGGCCAAGUUCACCUGCGAGGAGAAUUUCCUGUGCGAGGCGCAUUCCAAGACGAUGAUCGAGUUCAACGCCAUUCCUGCGCUGAUGAAGCUGCUGAGAGGGAGCGAGAGGGCGCAGCUGAGGGCGCUGAUCUUGCUCUGCCACUUGGCUGUGAAUGCUGGGAAUCACGAGGCGUUGGAGCCCGCUCGGGUGCUGACGGCGUUGGAAGGAGUGGAUAGAAUGGUGCUGGCUCAGUACCCUGAGUUGAGGGAGAUGGUCGCUAAAGCUGUUUACCAUAUCAAUCUUUACCACCGUGGACCUCAUUCUCAAAGGCUUACCUUCGUGAUUUAGCAGAAACUGUCCUAGUUUUCUUCCUACUACUGAGGUUAUAUUGCAGUAAAAAAGGUCACAUUUUUUUUUUGUUUAUGUUCAUAGUUAGUUAAGAUGAUUACAAUGUUUGGUGGGAGUUGAGUUUAGGAACAGAAUACACAGAAUGAAAUAUACAUAUUCAUUUGUAGAGUUUGGUUUCUUUGGGGACCAUUUGAUUGGUGGCUGAAUAAAAGUCGUCCUAACAUUCAUCAAAUUCGGUUUGAUUCUGAUUCUCAUCCGAUUUCUAGCGGUCGAGAGAAUCGACAGAACACAUGGCUACUAAUAAUACUGCGCAAAUUGCAGCAGAACUCUGGGGGACCCUUGAAACUUGCUGUCUUUGCAACGAAGGCCAUGGACGUAAUGAGUACAUAACAAGAAAACUGUGAGUACAGCCGCGCUUGCUAAUAUUAUUUCGACGCAAGUAGCUUUCAAAAGGGCAAUCGAACAUCGUCAACAUGUGCUAAUCGGGUCAACAUGUGCUAAUCGGAUACUGCAUCGGUAGCCCAAGACAGGUUAUCAAUAUAUCUAAUGUUGCCCUACUAAAUCAGGGUUAUGUGAAGCUUUCUAUUCCAUGAGGUAAUGAGACAUAAUUAUGUUAUGUACAAGGGGAUAUCUCUUCUAUAAUACUUGAUAGCAGUACCUGGCAUUAUUAUCAGAAAAGAAAAGGAAGGAAGACAGCGAAACAGAAGACUGUUCUGGACCGACUGUCAUCACAUACAAAAAACCAACAAGACAAAAACAUAAAAGCGCCAGCUCAAAACCUGACAGAAGAAGGAAUAGCGUAUCCAAUGCGUAUCAUCAUCAUCAUCAGGCCACCACUGACACCAGAUGAAUCAAUCAAAAGGCCAAGAGCAGAGCAGUCGGCUGUAUAUUGUCUUUGUCGUCAGCACUUCGGCCACAGAUUCUGUACAACAGUAGUUUAAUUGCUGGCUUUCUUCUAGCCCCAUUCCAGAACCACCUGUAAGGCCAAACAUUCAUACAAUCAGAAAAGCGACAAAAUCUUUUAGUAAAUUUGGAGGCCACCCAAGGGAAUUCAGAGGAUGAAACUAGGGCACCUCCAGCCCUAAUCCUAGAAUUACCCUAAAAUACCCGGUUAUAUAGGGUCAAACUACUAACCGGGUACGACCCUAUUUUCCACUUGAUCCAGUCUGACCCACUUGGAUCGGGCUGGUUGGGUCAGGCCGAGUCAGCGAGUCAACUACAGACAAGUCCAAAACCAUAUGGAAUGUGCAGGCCAGAGAAUGAUUCAGCGAGUCAGCUGAAGUCAAAAGAUGACUCUAUAGACAAAUUGACCCAGCCCAAUCCUCAGGGUCGGGCCAGACCAGGUCGGAUUAGUAAGUAUCUAGGGUCAGGCUUACACCCUGCACGAAGAAGGGAUAGCCAUAUACUAAAUUUGGCUACCCAAAGCUAAAUGCCCAAUUGAGUUGAUCUGGCAGUAAAUUUGGCAUCACCCAAGAGAAAUUGUGACUAUCUUUUGGGGUUGAAGCACACCUUACAUUAGAAGUAAAAGAUGAGCAUAGAUUGUUAUUCCGACUAAUCAAAAGUGGGUCUCCUUAUUCCACAAGGACUUCACAUAUUAGCUAGAAUUACAGUUUCCCAAAACCAUAUGGAAUGUGCAUCAUUUAGUUAAUGACUACCCAACCUUCUCCCCCAUUAUUUCACCAAAACCUUGGGCUCUAAAACAAACCCACAAUCUGACUGCAGCCUAAUAAUUUAAUAGCUGAAGCCAAACCUGACCUAAAAUGAAAGAUAUCGGAAACG